AUGUCCAACCUCUCUCCCUACCCACCAGCAAUCCAUUCACCCUUUCCUGCUUCUGCCCCGCAAACACCAGGUGCCUCCAGCGCAGACGACUCCAGCGACUCCGAGCCAGACGCAUCGGCCCCAUUCACCCCAUUCACGCCAUACACCCCCGGUCCUGAUGGGCCUGGUGUCAACUCUCCCGGACGGUCACCUACCACCCCUCGCGAGUUCUUAGGGCUCAAAGGGUCCGAGCGGAGGAGACCGGAAGGCACACUUGGACAUGUAGAGCUGCUGCUCGAAGCACUUGCGGAGGAGCUCAAUACCCUCCAGACGCGGGCUGAGGCUGUUUAUGCACCGAGGAGAGAGGAAGAUGGACCGCUGAUUCAUGCAACUGUCAGGGAGGUGGUGGACAAGCUGCAGCAGCUGGAGGAGGCGGCGCCGGGCUUGGACGAAUGGGUACCAAUACAGGUGCUUGAGUAUCUGGAUGAGGGGAGGAAUCCGGACGACUACACGCGUACUAUGCUCGAGCUCACAGCGGCCGAAAAUCAGUUCACGAACGGCAAGGUGCAUGCUGUGCACUCGUAUCUUCAACUAUUAUCCGCUGGGAUAGCGGAAGCCUUUCCAGAUAUGGCAGAGUUCGUCCCUCCACCUCAGAUACCGUUGGACGAUAUGCCAAGCGCACAGGACGAGGGCGGGAUGUCAGGGCAGGAGAAGAGUAAGGAAGUGCGAGAAGUGCCCAUUGUGGUGAUCGAUGAGGCGCCAAAGGUGGAGGAUAGCGCUGCACCGAAAGGAGAGCAAGCCGUUCCAGGGAUCCCGGUGGAUGCAAGCCAAGAUUUGGGAGGGCAUAUCGAUGUUGGGAUUGAGGAGCCUCUGGCACCGGCGGCACCAACAGCAGGGCAAUAG